GUGUGAGUAAAAGUAGUCCUAAUGUAUGUAAAUUAUACUGGGCCAUUGCGUUGCGGUCACGCCUCUUCCUACAGCAAGUCGGAUACGGCGGUUUCCAUGGGAUACCAGAGGUACAAACUUUUCAUGUAAUUAGUGCAAUUUAGUGGCCUAAGAUGGGAGAGACAGACUUGAGCAAAUAUGAUCUAGCUCGCUUGCAGGCCGAACUGGAACAGGAGAGAGAAAUGAAGGAAAUGCUGGAGGAGUCCAUAUCCGAUUUGAGUAGCACUUUAUCUGAACUGCAAGAGAGACUUCACAGUGUCGAUGGGGAAGGUAACGAGUGGAAAACUCGGUAUGAGACCCAGGUGGACCUGAAUGGACAGCUGAAGAGGCAGACCACUCUCCUUCACGAGAGACUGGAGGAUUUACGAGGAAACCCCGUAGAUCGAUUGGCCUCAAUAAGAUCCUAUGAUGACAUGCCAAUGGAUGCACUGAGGCAGAGACUGAAACUACUGACCAAUGAGAAGGCCGGCCUGCAGAGUCAGCUGACAGACUGCCGUCAGAGGAUCGAACAGGAAGGGAAGGCAUUUCAUAAAACCAACGACGAGAGGCGUGCGUAUCUGUCAGAAAUCGCUAAGCUGUCUUCCACCCUGGAUGCCAAUAGGAGGCAGUACCUAUGCCAGCCACGAGGGGCACCAGAGAGUCAACAAAGGGGAAAACCAAGCAAGCUGCCUGUGUCUGAUUCUACAAGAGGAGGAAGAGGAGGAGGAGGAGCAGUGAGGAAGGAAGUUGUAGGGAGUAGAUUACCUAAACUAAAGCACUAGUCUGGUUAUUAGGGGCCAAAGUAAAGUCUUAUUUGUCAAACAUGAACAAUAAAAUUGACUUUUACUUUGAAAUGAUCUGUGGAACGUAUGAGAAUAAAA